AUGGGCAAGCUCAGAAGUCCCACCACUCCUCCCAGCCGAAGCGCACCCAGGGCCUUUCCACGCAUGGACCCUCCACCGCCCUAUGAGGCAGCAUCCUCGCGGUCGUCCUCCGCGCAUAGCCUUGACCCACUACAAGCACGAGAAUCAACACCCUCCCAGCAACAGAAUACGCAGUCGACGGCCCUAACGCAGUCGCAACCAACGGAACAGCAGCGCGCACCAGAAGCGGACCACCAGGACCGCAAGAGACGGACCGAGGAAGGUUGUAUGACAUUCGGCGAAGGCGCAUCAGGGUGUAUGGUCGUUGGAAAGAACGCAGAAGGUUGUAUGAAUUAUGGCGAUAACACCAGUGGAUGGUACGUCUGUCCCGUCACUAUGCCCGCUCUGUCGACGAGGGUCAGAUCGUAG